GUAAAAAUGCCAUUUUCAGAGCUGUGGUCAAAGGCGUCCCAAGCCCUGACGUGAAAUGGACACGUGCGCAAGGAGGAAUGGAUGAUCCUGCCAGAUAUGAAACAUUCUUCAAUAACGUUACGAAUGAAUUCAUCCUGCAGAUAAACAAAAUCACCGCCAAUGACAGUGAUUUGUACCGUUGCACCGCGGUGAACGAAUAUGGGGAGGCUACAUGCACUGCUGGCCUCAGGGUCAUACAAGUUGGCUUUAAGAGGAAAGCAAAAUAUGUUCCUGUUCAUCCUGCUGAUGAGUUGAGGAAGCAGCUUCAGGACUCCAGGAAGAUGCUGAGGAAGCGGGACCCAACACCAAAACCGAAACCUUUGGAUAAAGAAGCCGUCUGGCAACUGUUGCUGCAUGCAGAUAGGAGAGAUUAUGAAAAGAUCUGUUUGAAAUACGGAAUUGUUGACUUCCGUGGGAUGCUGAGAAGGCUGCAGGAGAUGAGGAAGAAUGCAGAGAAUGAACAGGAAGAGUUGAUACAUAGUAUCAGAAACUUCCAACACAUCAAAGUCAACAAGGAGGGGAAAGCUACCUUCAGCCUGGACAUGGAUCUGAAAAAUACUAACAGCAAAGUUUAUCUGCUUAAGGAUGGCGAGAGGCUGAUGUAUGGGACGGGGGAUGAAUACAGAAAGCACUGCCUGAGGCGAGUUGGAAAGAAGUACACUUUCAUUGUCAACGAUGUGCAGCCAGAAGAUGCAGGCGUGUAUCAAGUCAGAGUGGAGGACGUCCCUGUUUUCUCAACCGAACUGGAUGCUGAAUCCAUCCCUGUGAGAUUUGAGCAGCCGCUCCGUGACAUGCGCUGCCCUGAGGAAGAGGACGCUGUCUUUGAGUGCACCCUACGCACACCCUGCCACGACGCCGUGUGGCUGCACAAAACCCACCCCCUCGAGGCGAGCGAGAAGCACCAGAUCUCCGUAUCGCCUGACGGUCUCACCCAUCGGCUGAUUAUUAAAAACGUUGUGCCCUCUGACAAUGGCAUGUACACGCUCGACACCGGUCUCUGCUCCGCAAAUGCCUGGCUUAUUGUAGAACUCAGUAAACACGGAGUCACAGGAACCUGGUUUAAAGAUGGAUUAAAGUUAACAAGCAUGGAUGGAGUCCGUUUUGAAAAGCAAGGUCUAGUCCACAAACUAGUUAUUGACAAAGUGGAAGAUAUUCAUGCUGGGAAAUACAGGUUUGAAGGUGGAGAUAUAAAAACUGAAGCUUCUAUUUUUAUUGAAGAUCCUCCACAGGUCGACAGAGUUCUCCUCAAAAACUUAACGAGUGUUCCUACUGUGGCCAAGGCAGGGCAGAAGGUAAACAUCAAGAUCCCUUUUGAGGGCCGGCUGCCCAUCAGAGCGACGUGGCUGAAGGAUAGGAUGGAGGUAGCAGAUGACACAAGGGUUCGUGUUGAUAAAACAGAGACCUUUACCAUGCUGACCAUCUCCAGCAGCGAGAGGAAGGACUGUGGGGAUUACAAAGUCAGGCUGGGGAAUGACAGUGGCGUCCUGGAGAUCAACAUAAAGCUUGUGGUUCUAGACAAGCCACAGCCACCUGCAGGGCCCAUCAAAAUUGUGGAAAGCUCUGCAGACAACAUCACCAUCGAGUGGAAGCCCCCAAAGGAUGAUGGGGGCAAACCAGUGCAAAACUACGUUGUCGAGAGGCUGCAGGUAGGCAAGAGCGACUGGGUGCCUUUGGGAGAAACCCCCAGGAGCUGCACUACCUUCACCACUAACAAAGUGGAACAAGACGCAAGCUACUACUUCAGGGUGAGAGCUGUGAAUGCUGAGGGAGCUAGUGAUGCGCUGGAAUCGGAGGAAGUGAAGGCUGUCGGUAAAGCUUCACCUGGUGCCCCAGAUCCCCCUGAGAUUGUCAGUGCCAGCAGAGACACCAUCACAAUAUCCUGGAAAGCACCCCGUAAAGCUGGCACUUCCCGAAUAGCGGGAUAUAUCGUUCAAAAACGCAAGAAGGGCACUGUGACCUGGCUGCCAGUCAACAGCGUGCCCGUAGCAGACAAGAAGCUGAAAAUUACCAAUCUCAAGAAGGGGCUGCAGUACGAAUUUCGUGUGGCAGCUGUCAAUGCUGCUGGCGUAGGAGAUCCCAGCGAACCGUCACAGCCCGUCCUGGCGCAGGAUCCUGCCAGUGGAGUGCAGGACCUUAAAGUGAGCAGCAGCGACAGCACUAGUGUCACCUUGACGUGGAAGAGACCUGAAGUAAAAGAUGGGAGUGAUGUGAAAGGCUACGAGGUGGAGAUGCGGUCUCCUAACAGCCUCAACUGGACCAAAUGCAAUGCUCUUCCCAUAGAGAUGACCACUUACACAGUUAAAGGCCUCCAAGGCAAGGGGACGUACUUCCUACGUGUGAGAGCCCUCUAUGACAGUGGCCCAGGAGAAGCUGUGGAGCUUGAAGCUCGCAUCGACGCUGCUUCCCCUGUAG